UCAGCAUGCGAAUGUGUCUUUUUUAGCCAUUUUUUCCGCGAAAAAACCUUCUACCAAGAUGUAUGCAAGUCAGCUCCAACUUUAGCUUUGUCUGGAACGUUUGAAUAUAGUCUAAAUGGAGAUGGAAAUAUUUGCAAAGCUUGCUGGCAAAAUGGGUAUCGGUUCUGCGAAAUUAAUUCGAAAGGCAGAAGAAUACGGCCGUUUGUCUCAGGUGAAGUGCAUGGCUCUUAACAAAGUUACACCAACCAGUGAAGCAGUGAUAUGUCUAGAUUUGGCAGCGUCCUACAUGAAGAUGCCUCUCGACAAAGAAUAUGCCAUCAAACUCUCUGGGAUAACUAAGAAGCUGUACCUGAGUAACCUUAAGGCAAUGGAGUGUUUGAUGGGUCUGGAACGUCACCUAGGUCUUAGUGAGCUGGGUGUUCAAUAUGGCUGCAUGGAGGCAGUUGGAGUUGCUACACAAAUACUGGAAAGGUACAAAAAAAGCCUCCCAUCUGCUCAGCAACAGGACCUGGACCUGUCUAAACCUCUUUUCACCACCACAGCUCUCUACUCGGCCUGCAGAUGCCUAAAGAUACAAGUUGACCAAAAGCUGGCAGCGUCGUCUGGUGCCAAGAAGGCUGUCUUUGGUCGUCUUUCUGUACAAUUCCAGAGUUUUGGACAGGACAUCUGCAAGGAACCUACUACGAAAAUGGCACAGAAGAAAAUUGCGCCGAAGAAAAUGGCACAGAAAAAAGCACCAAAACGACUCGAACCAAUGGAAAACCUUGAAGUGGUCGAAGAGGAUUGUCUGCCAUCAUCCGUUAAGCAACAGAAGAAAGAAGAUAAGGCAGAAGAGGGAAAAACUGAGAUUGGACAGAACUAUGAAGAGUGGAAGAGGAAAAUUCUGGAAAAUGCUUUGAAAUCGAAUGCAGAGAAAUGUGAUUCGUAGAUGGCCUUGAAGAUAUCUUUCUUUUUUUUUACCUUUAGAAUUGUUUUAUUGAUUGGCCAUCGUUAGGUAUUGGGUUUGACAAUUAUAGGCAUUAUAGUUAACAACAUGGCUUUACCGUUGUUCAAUGUCAACUAUUUAUUGUGUCCUAAUCAAAUGUUUUUCCCCAAUGUUUGCAUUAAAGAAUUCAAUGACA